AUGCGCACCAUGUUUAUCGUCUCGCUCCUUUUCGCUGCUCUUGCCAUCGCCAUUGCCGCACCCACUGAGCAGUAUGAGGCUCCGCAAAUCCUGCUCGAGGUCACGGCUUAUACUUCUGCAUCAUGCAGCCCUAACACGGAAGUGGCAUCUAUCUCCCUCGUCUGGAAUGCCGUCAGUCGUUUCAGACACUUUACAACUGUUAAGGACGCGAAAUGCGCCAAAUUCGAUCAUGAGUUGCCUGAUGGCUGCACUCUCAGACUCAUAGCCAGCUCUUCUCGCAAUAUUCAAUCUCGACACAACGGUCCUAUAUCCGUGGGCACAUCAAUACCAGGACCUGGAACUGGCGGUAAAUUUGAGGACAUGAUAAUGUGGUCCACCUAUCAGCGCUCAGCCCUCACUACGCCUUGGGACAAUCGCUACGUAGAAGAUUUGAGAUCAAAUUUGGAGUUCUCUACGUGA